CCUUCAUCCUGAUUGACGAUAAAAACCGGUUCCCAUGUUGCUAUAUACCCUUUCCUUCUCUGCAAGUUAAAAAGAGGGAGAAACACAAACAAAAUUACAAUACAAAGCCUCUUCCCAAUACUAAAACCUUCUACAUCUUUACGCACAUCUGUAUCUCUAACUAUGCCGACAGUGAGUGUAAAAUGGCAAAAAGAGCUGCUUACGGGUGUGGAAAUUGAUACUAGCCAGCCACCAUAUGUUUUCAAAUGUCAGUUGUAUGACCUAACAGGAGUACCUCCCGAAAGACAGAAGAUUAUGGUGAAAGGUGGUUUAUUAAAGGAUGAUGCCGAUUGGUCAAAAUUAGGGGUAAAAGAGGGCCAGAAGUUAAUGAUGAUGGGAACGGCUGAUGAGAUUGUGAAGGCACCUGAGAAGGGCCCUGUUUUUAUGGAGGACCUUCCAGAAGAAGAACAAGUUGUUGUUGCGGGUCAUUCUGCUGGCCUGUUUAAUCUUGGUAAUACCUGCUACAUGAACUCCACUCUGCAGUGCUUGCAUUCAGUUCCGGAGCUGAAGUCUGCCUUGAUCAAGUAUCCGCAUUCUGGUAGAAGCAACGAUUUAGAUCAGCCAUCUCAUCUCUUGACCGUUGCAACACGGGAUUUGUUUAGUGAACUUGAUAAAAGUGUCAAGGCAGUUGCACCAAUGCAGUUUUGGACGGUUUUAAGAAAAAAGUAUCCCCAAUUCGGCCAACUUCAUAAUGGCUCCUUUAUGCAACAGGACGCUGAAGAAUGCUGGACGCAAAUCUUGUACACACUUUCUCAAUCUCUUAAAACACCAAAUCUGAGUGAAAAUCUUGAUGCGAUCAAGGGGCUUUUUGGAAUUGAACUUGUAAGCAGGGUGCACUGUGCAGAAAGUGGUGAAGAAAGCUCUGAGACAGAGUCAGUUCACUCUUUAAAAUGCCACAUAUCACAUGAGGUCAACCACUUGCACGAAGGGUUAAAGCAUGGCCUGAAGUCAGAAUUGGAGAAGUCUUCUCCUUCACUGGGUAGGAGUGCAAUUUAUGUGAAAGAUUCACAUAUCAAUGGAUUGCCAAGGUACCUAACAGUUCAAUUUGUCCGUUUUUUCUGGAAGAGGGAAUCAAAUCAGAAAGCUAAAAUUUUGCGGAAAGUAGAUUAUCCGUUGGAGCUGGACAUCUAUGAUCUGUGUUCAGAUGAUCUAAAGAAAAGUUUAGAAGUCCCUCGUCAGAUAUUAAGAGACGAGGAAGGUAAAAAGCUUGGUUUGAAAUCUAAACCAAAGAGCUCCAGUUCAACAGUAAACGAUGUCAAGAUGUCUGAUGCUGAGGGUUCAUCAAAGGAAAGUGGUGAAUCAUCGAUGGACGCUUCUGAAGAAGGGGGAGUGCAUGACAAAGAAAUGCAACUGACCGGAGUAUAUGAUCUGGUCGCUGUGCUGACCCACAAGGGUAGAAGUGCUGAUUCUGGGCAUUAUGUUGCUUGGGUGAAGCAAGAAAGCGGUAAAUGGAUUCAGUAUGACGAUGAUAAUCCUAUUCCUCAACGAGAGGAAGAUAUUGUAAAGCUUUCUGGAGGAGGUGAUUGGCAUAUGGCUUACAUCUGCAUGUACAAGGCUCGUGUUGUCCCCAAGUAAUAUAUUUAUUUAUAUUUUUUUUGCAUAUUGAUGUACUUUAGAUAUUCAUGUGUUUUAUGUCAAAACGUGACUUGAUGUUAUAAACUAGUAAUGCUUCUUUAGAUAUAAACUUUGACUUUGUUUGGGUGUCAAGGUUGCAUGAGAUUUAGAUUAGAAUACACUAUUACAAAUUUAAUGAAUCAUUUUGCACUC